CGCUUUCUCCGUGUGGCUUACUGAAGGCUAAAAUAAUACACACAUGAGUAAAGACGCUGUUUUAAACUUCUCUUGGUUAAAAUCGCGCUUACGCAAACAUUUCCCUCGACAUGGGCACGUUUAUGUCGCAUUGACACCCCCCCCACAUAAAGCGGUGGUAUCGUCCACUCCCCGGAAACACCGGCGACAGUCGAAAGCUCCGGUGAAGCGGCAGAAGACGUGAUUUAUCAGAAACCUGCGAGCUAACCGUGAACGGAACAACCCGAGCCGUGUGGCAGCCGUCGGCACAGUAUCAGAAACGCUGGACAAGCUUAAUCUCUUAGAUUUGAAUGGACAAGGCAGCCAGAAGUACCCAGCCCAGCUAAUGAAGCCCAUUAAAGGUUCAGUGAUGCCUGUGAAGAAGAAGAGGAAGUUCCCUGAUGCAGAUGAUAAUGAGCGCAAGUGUAAAAUUACAAGUUUCACCCGACCUCAGAUCCGUGGUGCCAAGCCGAUCGCAGAGAAGCUGUUCUCCAAUAAGAAAUGCCUGGCCUGGUUUCAUGAGUACGCUGGACCCGACAAAGUGGUCGGCCCGGAGGCCAUGGAGAAGUUCUGUGAAGACAUUGGUGUGGAACCAGAAAAUAUUAUCAUGUUAGUUUUAGCCUGGCAUCUAGACGCAGUAAAUAUGGGCUUCUUCACAAAAGACGAGUGGCUCAGGGGAAUGACAGUAUUACAGUGUGACUGCACAGAGAGGUUACAGAGCAAACUGGAUUACCUGCGCAGCGAGCUCAACGACUCUGUGGUCUUCAAAAACAUCUACAGAUAUGCCUUCGACUUCGCCAGAGAUAAGGACCAGAGGAGUUUGGACAUGGACACUGCUAAAUCCAUGCUGGCCUUGUUGCUGGGGAGAACCUGGGCUCUCUUUCCAGUCUUCCACCAGUUCCUGGAGCAGUCCAAGUACAAGGGGAUGAAUAAGGACCAGUGGUAUAACGUUCUGGAGUUCAGCAGGACCAUCAACACAGACCUCAGUAACUACGAUGAAGACGGAGCUUGGCCGGUGCUGCUCGACGAGUUUGUGGAAUGGCAGAAAACUUGGUCAUCGUCGUAGCGGACGACAACACGACACCAAAAAGGAGAAAGAGGGAGAGAAAACAAACACCACAAACGCAGGAGGAAUCUCUUUAUCCAGAUCCAGCCAACACUUUGAGACACACACACACACACACACACACAUACACAUACACAUACACAAUAUGGACUACAGAAUCAUCCUCGUGGACUCUCGGUACACCCACAUCCCAUCAGAGAUUGUCUCUGUGCAAAGAGGCCUUCCUCUCACUGAGUCGAGUUUUUAUAGUGUUAAUUUGGAGAAAAGGAAACGUUCUCAAAAUAUAAAUACAAAAAGAAAGAAUGAACUGUGAGAAGAGAAGUGGAAUUUAUGUUUUCUUGAUAAUUAUUUUUUCCCAUUUUGUGUCUUGUUUGUAGAUGUUUUCACAGUAAUAAAAAGGAAAUGGAAGUCUGA